CCCAACGCCCAGCACGCGCCCUCUAGGCGCAAGCACUCUGGGGCCCCUCUGCGGUUGUGGGUGGAGGGACGCGGCCGCAGCGAUUUUGGGCCCGGUCUUCAUCGUGGAACCCAGGCAGGUUGUGGCCCCCUGCGGGCUCCUAGGCGUCCCUCGAAGCCCAGUCUCCCUGGAUUAGUGGGUCCUACCCGUCCACCCCGCUCGGCCUGCCUGCCGCGCCGGUCACCAUGAACUGGGUACCGCCACCCGGGGCCUGGUUGGCGCUGCGGGUAUGCUCGGUGGACUCACGCCCCGACGCGGUGCCGGCGGUGCUGCAGGCGCUGCCGGCGCUGCCGGGAGGCCCCGAGGCGGGCGGCGGCAAGGCGUUGGGCUGCGUGCUGGCCGGCCUGGUGCCUGCGAGCCGCGGCGCGGGGGAGCCGCCGCGCUGGGCGCCAGAUGCGGUGCGCUUCCUGAGCGCUCUGCGGGGCCGCGAGCUGAGCGGGCGGGUGGUGGAGGUGCUGCCCUCAUCGCGGCCGGUGGUGCUGCUGGACGUGCCCGCCGUGGCGCGCCACAUGCUGGAGCUGGGCCUAGCGCGCCGCGUGUCCGACGGCCUCUUCCGCCCCCUGCUGGAGCGCCACCUGCUGCGCCAUGCUCCGGAACCACCGGGCCCUGACUACUUCUACCCACAGUUGCAGCAUGGCGUCACGGAGCCCGUGGUGGUCACGCACGUGUGCCACCCGCUGCGCGUGCACUGCCAACUCCGCGGGUUGGCGCAGGAGAUCUGCCUGCUGUCAGAGAGCAUGGCACAGACCUAUGGUGGCGCCCUGGGAACGCCUGAUGACGCCUGGUCGGGAAGCCCCGAUGACAGCCACGACGAAAGCCCAGACAAGCCGGGUGCACCCUGCGCCGCCUGCGGGCCAGACGGGCGCUGGCACCGCGCGCUGCUGCUGGCCACGCUGCGGGCGCGGCGCUGUGCUCAAGUGCUGCUUGUGGACCUGGGGCGCCAGGAGCUGGUGAGCCGCGCCCGCCUGCGCCCCCUGCUGCCUGAGCAUUUCCGCAUGCCCGUGGUCACCUACCCGUGUGCCCUGCUCGGGCUCUGGGAUGGCGGGAGGGGCUGGUCCCGUGCGCAGGUCCGCGAACUGCGGACGCUACUGCUGGGCCGCGAGCUGAGUGCCAAGAUCGAGUUCUACUGUGCCUUCGAGCACGUAUACUAUGUCACCCUGUACGGCGAUGACAGCGUCAACCUCAACCGCGUAUUUGGGGAGCAGACGUGCUCCUUGGCCGACCAGUUCCUGCAGAGCUCAGAAGAGGAAGAUGGGGAUGAGGAAGAAGACGAGGAGGUGGAUGGAGAAGUGGAAGACCCGGGGACGCAGAUGGGGGACGCAGACUCUGCCCUCCCAGGCUUAAGGUCUAUCAGGCUGAAGCCCAGCACUUUCUACGAUGCCCAGGUGGUGUUUGUCACCAGCCCCUCCGAGUUCUGGAUCCGCUUGAAGAAACACAGCGACCCCUUCAGCAGGCUGGAGAGGAGGAUGUGCAGUUUCUACUCGUUGGCCAGCAAACUGGAGGGCGUUGUCCUGAAACCUGAGCCGGAAGAUCUCUGCUGUGUCAAAUGGAAAGACAAUGGCUAUUACCGGGCCAUUGUCACCAAACUAGGUGAUAAGAAUGUGGAGGUCUUCCUGACCGACAGGGGCAAUACAGAACAAGUGGACUGGGGUGACCUAAGAAUGCUGCUGUCGCAGUUCAGGCGGCUGCCUGCGCUGGCCCUGAGGUGCACCCUUGCCGAUGUGUGGCCUUUGGGGACAGCCUGGAGCCAGGAGGCAAUCUCCUUCUUCAAAAAGACCGUAUUGCAUAAAGAAUUGGUCAUCCACACCCUCGAUAAGCGGGCACAGCAGUAUGUCAUAGAGAUUCUGGAUGAGUCAAGAACAGGGGAAGAGAACAUCGGGAAAGUGAUUGCUCAAGCUGGCUAUGCCAGGUAUCAGGAGUUUGAAACCACAGAAGGCAUGGCAGUCCAUGCCCACUCCCCCGGGUGCAACCCAGACCAUUUCAUUGCUGAGAAUGACAAAAUACCUUCUGCCCCAAAGGUAGAAGAACAGAUAUCGGAGGGAGUUGCAGAAGCUUUGAUCGACCCAACCAUGGUUAAAAACAUUUCAACUGGAGGAGUUGUGCAGGAUAAAGAGAAUGUCACAUCUGUUCAUUUUCCUCUUACAUCACCAGACUUGUUGACGAUGACACUGAAGUCCUCUUCUAAAGAGUUAGAGGUUGGAAGUACAAUAAAAGUCCAAGUGUCUCAUGUUGAGAACCCUGGCGAUUUCUGGUGUCAGCUGGCCAGGAAACCUGAAGAAUUUAGAGCCCUAAUGUAUGACAUUAAGGACUAUUGUGAAACUGCACCAGCCCCGUACCGAAGGAACUCCCCUGCUUGUUUGGCAAAGCGGGCAGCAAGUAGAGAGUGGUCCAGAGCCCUGGUGAUGGGCGCACUGUCCGAGGAGUUUGUCAGAGUACACUUCAUAGAUUAUGGAGACACAGACGUGGUCUCUGUGAAGAACAUUUAUUCAGCUAGUGAUGCGUUUCUCAAGGUUACAGCUUUGGCUUUCAGGUGCAGUCUUUAUAACUUAAUUCAACCAACUGGUGAAAAUCCUUUUGUUUGGGAUGAAAAGGCAACACAAACUUUCAGGGAAUUUGUGUAUAACACACCGCAAAACUAUCUGGAAUUAAAUUGCACAAUAUUUGCCGUGGUCUCGGUACACAAUGAACAGUUUAAGGUUGUGGAUUUACUGACACCUUUUCAGAGCGCAUGCCAUACUUUGGUAGAAAAGAGACUCGCAAGACCAGUAAACCUCCAGAAGCCUCUGGAGUCUUCUGUUCAGCUGCAUUCUUACUACUAUUCUGCACAUGAUGUAAAAAUUGGAAGUGAAGAAUCAGUGUAUAUAACGCAUGUUGAUGACCCUUGGACAUUUUAUUGUCAGCUGGCAAAAAAUAUGAAUAUUUUAAAACAUUUGUCAUGUCAUAUAACACAAUUAAUUCAAGUUUUGCCCAGUAUACAAACAUCACCUUUGACCCCUGGAAGCUUGUGCCUUGCCAAGUAUACUGAUGGCAACUGGUACCGUGGGCUAGUCAUUGAACAAGAGCCCACUAAAGUCUUUUUUGUUGAUUUUGGGAAUGUUUAUGUGACAAGUGAUAAUCUGCUUCUGAUACCUCAUGAUGCAUAUGAGGUUUUACUUUUACCUAUGCAGGCUGUGAAAUGUUCUUUAUCUGAUAUUCCUGGUAAAAUGCCGGAUGAGGUUACGACAUGGUUUCAGGAAACUGUUUUAGAUAAGUCAAUGAAGGCCUUAGUUGUAGCAAAAGAGCCAGAUGGGAGACUGAUUGUAGAGCUGUAUGAUGACUGCAUUCAAAUCAAUGCUAAUAUUCAUGAGAAGUUAGGGCUACUUGGUUACAAAACUGCAAGAGGCAAAGGGAAAGAAAGUAAAACAUUCUGCUCCACAACUGAAACUCUUAGAGAAAAUAAAGAAAAUGUGAAGUUUUCACCUAUGGAGUAUUUAAGUAAAUCAGCAGAGAAGCAACUGCACACUUUAGAGAUUUUGGGAGAAUCAUUCAAGCCUAAGACUGGCUCAUCAUGGAAUAAGCUCACACACUUAAAAAAUUCAACAAAGACCAACUGUGUCACUCACCAUCAGGGCUCUGUGGGAAACACAAAUAAUCAAGUGUCACUAUCGACAGAAGAAAAGAAAGAAGACAUUUUUGAUGACCCACCUUUGAAAGCCACAAAACCAGAAGACACCCUUCCGGCAAAAACAGGAGAGUCAUGUAACAAAGAUCUGCCUCUAAAAUUCCCACAGAAGACGAUAAUGCCAGGCUUGAAAACGACUGUGUAUGUUUCACAUAUUAAUGACCUUUCUGACUUUUAUGUUCAGCUAACAGAAGAUGAAGCUGAAAUUAAUUGCCUUUCAGAGAGACUAAAUGAUGUGAAAACAAGACCCCAGAAUUAUGCAGGCCCUUUCCAAAAAGGAGACAUAAUAUGUGCCAUCUUCUCGGAAGACAGUUUAUGGUAUCGUGCUGUGGUUGAGGAACAACAACCCAACAACCUUCUCUCUGUGCAGUUUAUUGAUUAUGGCAAUGUUUCUGUGGUUCACACUGGCAGCGUCGGAAGGCUUGACCCGGUGAAUGCUCUGCUACCACAACUGUGCGUUCAUUGCUGUCUAAGGGGACUCUGGAUUCCUGGCAUUGUCAAGUGCGAGCAAUUGAUGUGUUACUUCUCCCAAAGGACUGGUGAGGCUCAAAUAAGAUGUGAAUUUGUUAAACUUCAAGAGAAAUGGGAAGUUAUUCUUGCUGACGAACAUGGGGUCAUAGCAGAAGAUAUAAUAAGCAGAUAUACUUUCAGCAGAGAGCCUCAGAUGUCUCUUUUGACCCAAGCAAUUAAAGAUGACUAUGCCAAGUCUGCUAAUAAAUCACAUAUUGACACUACAGUGUUACUCAGCUGGCAUAAACCCCAAAUGAAGACAGUGAGUGCUUAUGCGGUAGUGGUAGAUGGACCCGAGUAUUUCUGGUGUCAGUUUGCUGAUAAUGAGAAACUUCGGUAUUUAGAAGUUGGAGUACAAACUGCUGCAAAGCAGACAGUAGAUUGGAGAGAUCAGAUCCGAUGUCCUCACAUUGGAGAUCCUUGUAUGGUAAAAUAUAGAGAAGAUGGACGUUAUUAUAGAGCACUCAUCACUGAUAUGCGUGAAGAUCACCUUUUAUGUGUCAGGCUUGUAGACUUUGGCAACAUGGAAGACUGUGUGGACCCAAAAACAGCCUUGAAUAUCCCUCCUGAGCUCUUAUCCAUUCCCAUGCAAGCCUUUCCAUGUUGCCUUUCAGGAUUUAAUGUUUCAGAAGGUUCCUGUCCUCAACAGGGAAAUGAUUAUUUUUAUGAAUUGGUAACAGAAGAUGUGUUAGAAAUUACAAUCUUAGAAAUCAAGAGGGAUGUUUGUGAUGUUCCUUUAGCAAUUGUUGACUUGAGAAGCAAAGGUAUAAGUAUUACUGAGAAAAUGAAGAAGUAUUCGAAAAUUAACACUGCUAACAGCUUUCUGCCUUAUGAGAAAGAUGGGCAAGAGAUCAAGGAAGGUCUUGGGCACCCCAGUCCUGAGGUUGGAUUUAAGAAACCAAGUAUUAAAGCUGUGGAACCACAAGCCGAUGUUUCUGAAAAGGUUGCAAAAGAUUUAAACAUUGAAACCAAGCCAAGUAGAUUCUGUGACCUUGGAACUGAAAACAUUUUUAAGGCGUUUGAAAACCCUUGUGAAGGUGGAACUGGCUCUAUCCUAGAAGGCACAAAAGAGUGCUACCUGGGUGACCGGGAAACGUUUGAUGAUGAAUUCCUGAUUACAGAAUUUAAUACAUUAUUGCCACGUGCCAGUGAAACCACGGAGAGCUUAGAACUGAAUUCCUUUGAGGUUCCACUCUCCCCUGAUGAAGAUCUGAAAGAAUUCUUAGAACUAGAGUCCCUUCAGUUACAGCAUUCUCCAGUCAAGGAUGAAGACAAAGAGGACCUAGGCCUGGAGCCACUGAUCAUGCCGCUCUCUGGAGACCAUGAUAGCAAAGCUACCCUGGAACCAUUUCCGGUUCAGUUUCCCCACAGUAGUGAGUCUGAGACACAGCCAGAAGUGGAACUUCCUGAAGCCCCAGUGUCACCUGAGGGUGUCCUGGGUCCUCUGUCUGUACCAGUUGGUGAGAAAGCCCAAAGGGUUGGGUGUAUGGAGGGCUCGAGAGAGACAGGUUGUGGGGACCCUGUAGAUGACCAGCUCAAGGUGCCACUGAAUCUCCUUGGGGAGUGCUGUGACUCCACGAUCCAUGCAGAAAUGAGUCUGUUUGAAGAGAAACUCCCCGAAUAUAAAAAUACAGAUGCCAUUUCAUCCUUGAUACCUUCAUUCCCUGAAGAAGAACUCAGAGAUAGAAAGAAACUAAAUCAUGCUUCAGAGAGUGUCUUAGCUCACCUGCAGAACACUUACACUCUGAAAGGAUUUACCGUUGGAUCCAAAUGCGUUGUGUGGUCAAGUCUCAGAAACAUGUGGUCUAAAUGUGAAAUUUUGGAAAUAGCUGAAGAAGGCACAAAGGUUUUGAACCUUUCAAAUGGCAUGGAGGAGCUGGCAAACCCAGAGGAUGUCUGGAAUGGCAUUCCCAAAUCGGAAAAGAGUCCAUCAGAGGCUUCAUCCCAAACAUUGGAAAAAGAUCUUUAUGAUUCGUCGUUGGAUGACCCUGCAUUUAAGGAUGAAGGUGUUUCUCUUCUUGUCUCAGAAGAGGGGUCUGGAGGUGACCUCGGUUUUGCUGAGGCCGCUUGCAGCAGCCCAAGUGAUGUCUCACCUGGACCAGGAAUACCGGAGAAGGCUGGCAGCACAUCACCACAGCUUAGUGUCACUGCUGAAAACUGAUGGGUCUCAAAAACCAAACAGGGCAGUGAUUGGCGAUGGAGUGUGUUUAUAUUGUGACUGCUGUGUUGAUGGGUUUGGGAUCUCUCUUCUACCUUUAAUUAUUUUUAUGUUUCUAGUGAUCUGGGAGGAUUUUCAUUGCUAAGCAAUUUUGUUACCACUUGACUCACAUUUCAAAGGAAAAACUGUUGACAUCUUUUCAAUAUAAUGUUUACAUUCAAAUAGAAAAAUAUAGGUUUGUGACAAGAUUGUUAGAUGACACUGCUUAGUAGGGAUUUUGUAGCAGUAACUUCUUCAGAGUUUUUAUUUGGACCUUGAAGUUUUGCUUUAUCUUUCUAGUUAAAUGUUCUUAUUAUUAUUUUGCUUGCUAGUGUGACAUGACAUGACAAUAAAGUUUAUCCUUA